ACACAGACACAGACUCAUAGACGGACACAAAGACAGGCACAAACACACACACAAACACAUUCAAACACACACACACACAUACACACAAACACACACACACACACAUACACAGGCAGACACAAAGACAGGCACAAGCACAGACACAGAACGCCCCCCUCGGUGUCCCCCAGGGCUCCGUUUGAGGCCUAAUACUGUUGUCAUAAUGAAGAGACGAUCCUUUGUUGAUGAUGUCGGAGGUCCUGCUCCCAUGGUUUCUGGUGUUGAGAGAAGCUUUAUAGGAGCAGAGGAGAGCCUUAGCUCAGUCUAACUGACUGGAGGUCCUGGUUGAAGAAGAGGCCACAAUGUCUGCUACAUCUUCUCUCUUUUAAAACAGUUUAAAGCUGUGAUGGACACGUUUUAGGUUCAGAGGGGGAAGUACAUGGCUGUCACUAUGUGCUGGACACUAAAUGUCUUCUGAUAUCAAAAAGACAAAGACAUAUAACAUUCCUUCAAAGGAAAGAAGGCUCUACAAUCUCCUGUGAUGAACUCCUUCUGAGAGUGAAAGGUAUCAUGGUCAAUUCAAGCCAGAUUCCAUAUUUCAUACUGACUGCCUACCUGGACAUGGGCUAUCUGAAGUACUUAUAUUUUGUGAUUGUUUUGAUGCUGUACAUUAUGAUUGUGGUUGCGAAUGCUUUGCUCAUUCUAACUAUUUGUAUGAAGAGGAGCCUACAUGAGCCUAUGUAUGUGUUUCUGUGUAGCCUGUUGGUUAAUCAGCUGUAUGGUAGUGCUGGUCUAUUUCCAUUCCUCCUGCUGCAGAUCACCUCAGACAGUCACACCAUAUCUAGAUCCAUGUGUUUCCUUCAGAUCUACUGCUUGUACACCUAUGCAACAGUGGAGUUUUGUAACCUGGCUGUGAUGUCCUAUGAUAGGUAUCUUGCUAUCUGCUGUCCUCUGCAUUAUAAGGCUCGGCUGACCUCUAACAAGGUGGCUCUGUUGAUCGCUCUCAUAUGGCUCUACUCUUUUAUCAAGGUCCUAAUAACUCUUUGUCUGAAUCUUCGAUUAACACUGUGUGGGAACGUCAUAGACCGGCUUUACUGUCAUAACUACUAUGUGACGAGACUUGCGUGUUCUGACACCACAGUUAACAAUAUCUACGGACUUUUUGGAACGUUUCUGACCGUUUUUGUUCCAUUGUUCCCCAUCCUGUUCUCCUACACCAAGAUCCUCAGGGUUUGUGUCGUUGGUUCUAAAGAGACCAGACAGAAAGCAGUCAGUACCUGCAGCCCCCACAUCGCCUCCCUGCUCAAUUUCUCUUUUGGGUGUUGUUUUGAAAUAUUUCAGAGUAGAUUCAAUAUGACCGGUGUUCCCAGGAUAAUACGUGUUUUUUUAUCGCUGUACUUUCUCACCAUCCAACCAGUCUUUAACCCUAUCAUUCAUGGUCUGAGGUUAUCCAAAAUAAGACAGAUGUGUAGAAAUGUUCUUGUCUGCAAAAAGUAAAGCAAAGGAGAUAAUUGUUUAUUGUUCCCGAAGUUAACGGUUGUAAGUGUGACCUUUUAAAACACUUAUUAUAAGGUUAAGUCAAUUUCCUA